ACAAGACAACCCUACCUAUGCAAUCUGGAUCACAGUUUGCUGCAAAGGAAAGAAAGUGCUUGUGGAGCUGAGAGCUCCAGAGAACUCCAUCAAAUCCCUUUGAUGUAGCCAGAGGCAGAUGUACGGACGAAGCCUCGUAUGCGGAGGAGUCAACUUUCACUGACCAUGUUGAAGGAGACGACUGGAGCGACUAUUCAGAUCAUGAGGAGGAUACAUCGUAUCGCUUGUUUAAUACCUCAGACUAUCAGCCGCUAGCACGCAGGGUAGUUAAUACCCUUGGUCUCCAGACUGCGCCUUCAACUUCGUCCGCCCCAGCUCUCAAAGGGGCCAAGGUCCUCAAAUCCCCUGCACCUACUGAACACUACAUCCCGGUGCCGGACCCAAUUGCCAAAUUAGCCUCUGAAGAAUGGGCUCAUCCACUCCAAGCUUGACGCUUCAAGAACCUGGGUGACAGGCUUUACGCCCUAGCUCCAGACUUUGCCACCAAGUUAGACGUCCCUGGCAUAGAUGAACCAAUCGCUUGCCUCGUUUCACGAUCUCUAUUGCCCAGGGAAGGGGAAUCCCACCUAAAGGACACUACUGAGCGACGAAUAGACUUCGCCCUCCACAAGAACCACGAGGCCACUGCCCUAUCCAUGCGUGCCUCCACUUCAGCCUCCAUUUUCUCCAGAGCAUCUAUGAUGUGGCUGGAUGACCUUCUAGAGGACGCUAACCCUGAUCCUGUCGCCCUCAGAAGAGCGCUAUUGAAAUUGCGUAAAACAGCAGCUUUUGUGGCCGAUGCCACUCUGGAUGCUACUCAAUUAGGGGCACGAGGCAUGACGGCUCAAAUAGUCGCUCGACGCACCCUCUGGCUUCGCCACUGGCAAGCUGACUCAGCGGCCAGAUUGAACCUGUCCAGGGCUCCUUACUCCAGAUCUCUACUCUUCGGCGAGGAAGCUCUAAAGGCAGUGCUGGUUGAUCCAAAAGACGCCCACAAACCGGUUCUGGCCACAGUCAAGAACAUCGACCACAGGCCUUUCAGGCGAUUUCCUUCCUUCUGUUCUAACCAGCCCUUUCGAGGAACGCGGCCAGGAGGACGAGGCCGCGACUUCAGAUCCUAUGACCCCAACGCAUUCAGGGGCUCCUGGAACCGACGCUUCCAGGGCAGAGGUCAGUACCAAGGGCGCAGGGGCAACUCAUCGUCCUCAUAUAAGGGAGGCCCUCGCCUACGCAAGUAGUAUUAACGCCCUCCCCAUAGGUGGCAGAUUACUUAAUUUUGAAGAUUGAUGGCUGCGCCUUACUACGGUCUCCUGGAUCAGGGACCUUUUCAGUUAUGGCUAUACCAUAGAGUUCUGGGCAACCCCAUCAGACAGAUUCCACCCGUCUCCUUGCCCAAGGGCACCAGCCAGGCACAACAUCAUGCAGACAGCUAUACACCACCUCUUGGACAUAGCGGCGAUAGAGCCAGUUCCCACAACUGAGAGGUCGGAAGGGGUGUACUCCCUCCUAUUUGCUGUGCCAAAACGAGAUUUAUCAUGGAGGGCGGUAUUGGACCUCAAGUUUGUCAACCGUUUUGUAACAUAUUGCAGGUUCAAAAUGGAAUCACUCCAUUCCAUUACGGAGAGUCUGCAUGAAGGAGACUUCCUGGCUUCUAUCGACCUUAAGGAAGCGUAUCUCCAUGUGCCCAUUUGCAUAGCCCACAGAAAGUUUCUUCGGUUUGCUUUUGGCCACCAGCACUUUCAAUAUAGAGCGAUGCCAUUCGGCCUCUCCUCUGCUCCAAGAGUGUUUACCAAGGUGCUACUCAUCCUAGUGGCUUACCUCCGGACCCAAGGGGUUCAUAUCUACCCAUAUUUGGAUGAUCUGCUAAUACGGGCCAAGUCUGAGGAGCUGGCUCAUCAUCAUUUAAUGAUCACCCUCAAUGUUUUGCAGGCCUACAGCUGGCUUGUCAACUUCGACAAAAGCCAUCUCCAACCAACCCAACGCCUACUACACCUUGGGGCAAUGUUGGACACCCUGCAGGCAAUGGUCUUCCUGGCUCCAGAUCGCAUCACUGCCAUCACAAGCAUCGCAAGGUCCCUGAUGCAACAAACAUCCGCAGACGUCAUGCUUCUCGCCAGAGCGCUCAGGAUGUUUAUCUCUACAAUCCACAUUGUGCCAUGGGCUCGAGCCCACACUCGGCCCCUUCAAUGGAUUCUGUUGCCUUUUCAAAAAGACAUUGCCAGCUCCAACCAUCGCAAAGUUCGUUUGAGCCCCGCACUGCGCCUCUCCUUCCGCUGGUGGACCAAGGUUCAACACCUCUCCAAGGGCACGUCGUUCAGAGAACCCCGCAGAACCGUUGUAACCACAGAUGCCAGCCUCAUAGGUUGGGGAGCCCACUGCAACUCCCAGUACGUUCAGGGGGUUUGGUCCAACGCAGAGCAAUCUCAAAGCAUCAACUGGCUGGAACUAAAGGCUGUCCACUUAGCUCUAUGUCAUUUUCAGUCUCUGUUCCCUUUGCAUCAUGUGCUCAUUCGAACAGACAACACGUGUGUAAAAUCACAUUGGAACAGACAGGGGGCACCAGGUCUCGUCCUCUGCAGGACUUAGCCUCCCUCAUCUUUGUCGAGGCAGAACAACAUCUACAAUCCCUGAAAGCAGAACAUCUCAGAGGGAUUUGGAAUGUGACAGCAGACUGGCUCAGCAGACAACAGGUCUUUCCGGGAGAAUGGAAACUUCAUCCAGCCAUUUUCCAUCGUCUCCAGUGUUGGUUCGGCACCCUCUCAGUCGACCUGUUUGCUUCCAGUCGCAAUUGCCAGCUUCCCAGGUACUUUGCCCGAUACCUGGACUCAACAGCAGAAGCAGUGGAUGCUCUGACAACACCGUGGCCAGACGGUCUAUUGUACGCCUUUCCUCCCAUACCAUUGUUAGCCAAAACCUUGAGGAAGGCGCGAACCGAAAGGGCACAGCUGGUUCUGAUAGCACCAUUUUGGCCACGCCGACCGUGGUUUUCAGAUCUUCUGGCAAUGUCAAUGAUGGAUCCUUGGACACUUCCAGUCAGGCCAGACCUUCUAUCCCAGGGUCCAGUACUACACCAGGACCCUACUUGGCUCAAUCUAACAGCGUGGCGUUUGAACGGGGACAUUUGAGGUCAGCUGGACUGUCUGACGCUGUGAUUGAUAUUAUUUUGGCCUCGAGAAGACCAUCUACCACUCGUAUUUAUCAACAUACCUGGGUGGCUUUCUCCAAGUGGUGUCAGUCCCACCACCAUGAUCCAUCCCAGGCCACUGUGCAUCAGGUGCUCCAAUUUCUCCACAGCGGCUUUAUGAUGGGACUUCGACCCAACACUCUACGUCGACAUGCGUCCACUCUGUUGUCCAUUCUCUCAGUGUCCUCUCCUGGAGAUCAUAUUUCCUCACAUCCGUUCAUCAAACGUUUUUUGAGGGGAGUCGCCCUACGCUCUCCGGCUGUUGUCCAUCGGUUCCCCUCAUGGAGUUUGCCGAAAGUUCUGCAGGCUUUGCAACGCCCUCCGUUUGAACCCAUCAGGACUGUGCCCCUACGUAUACUGUCCUUUGAGGUCUUGUUUCUGAUCGCAAUCACAUCUGCCAGAUGCGUUUCGGAGUUGGGCGCAUUGUCUUCUGCUCGACACCUCUGCGUCUUCCAUAAGGACUCUGUUGUGCUGAAGACUGAUCCUUCCUUCCGUCCCAAGGUCGAUUCAGCUUUUCAUUGCAACCAGGACAUUGUUUUGCCUUCCUUUUGCCCGAAUCCUACCCAUCCUCUUGAAAAGGCUUGGCAUUCGUUAGAUGUCCGGAGGGCUCUCAAGACCUACCUGUCUAGGACCCAAGAGAUUCAACGAACAGAGUCUCUGUUUGUAUCCUUUCAUCCAAGGUCUAUGGGGCAUAAAGUUUCCAAUCCUACUUUAUCCCGUUGGUUAAGGGCAUGUAUUACUUUAGCAUAUGAGUCUCUGAAGCUGUCAGUUCCAGCUAGUAUAACGGCUCAUUCUACCAGGUCAGCUGCCACUUCGGCUGCUUUUGCCACUAAUGCUCCUGUUGCCGAUAUUUGUAGGGCUGCAGUCUGGUCUAACCCACACUCGUUUAUAAGGAAUUAUAAAAUUGAUCGUUAUGCCUCUGCUGACGCAUCUUUCGGCAGACGAGUGUUGCAACAGGUUCUUAAUGAGGAUUAACACGUGGGUGGUCCCUCCCUGUAUGGGCUGCUGUGGUACAUCCCGCUGUGAUGGCCGGACUCAUAGGGAAAAUGGACCAUUGGUCUCGCCUGAAGGGUGAUUUUCCUAUGAGUACGGACAUCACGACCCUCCCAGUUGGAGGAUGACUAUAUAUUUUCUAAUGUAUUAUAUGUUACUGUUACGCUAUUAUAUUUAAAUUUAAGAGUGAAGUCAAGACUUCUAGUUCUGUUAUACCGCUAUGUUGGAGUCAUGUUACUAUGCAUGGUACUAUUGUGUUAUUUUCCUGCUGCCAGGCCGGUUGGCCUUGUUCUUGUAUUUUUAGAUAUUUCUCCUUAGACUCGCUGCGAAUGAACUGGAGAGUGGGAGGGGCCUGACGCCCCUAGUCUUGACUUCAAAGACAUUCUUGCCUUCGCACGAUAGGUGGAGCUAAAACCCGCUGUGAUGUCUGUACUCAUAGGAAAAUCACCCUUCAGGUGAGACCAAUGGUCCAGUUUGUGUAAGUCCUGACUAAACAUGCCUAUUUUACAACAGGGUUGUCUCUGUUUAAAGCACAUUAAACCUUUUGACUUCGCAAGUGCUGGAUGUAGACCAGGUUCAACUGCUUUCUUAGCAGUCUUUAUUUUAUAGAGAAGAGAGUCAACACUAGCACUUCUGUCUCUCUCUCACACACACACAGACACAUAUUU